GGGUCGGCUCUGCAUCUUCACCGACUAUCCUUCAUUGUAUAUCUCUCGCCACGAGCAUCCUGACCAAUUUUCCGGUCAGCACCUCAUGUUCCCAAUGGAUACUGUUACUUUGUGUUCCCAGAAUGAAAUUAGACACCUGCCCUUCGGACACGAUGAGUACGAAAGCAUCUCACAGUGGCUGAGAACUUGCCUGACCGAUCACUCGAAAGAAUGUCCACAAACCCCAGUACGAAAUACACUUACAGUGUAUUGCAUCGAUUGCCAUGAUGAAAGAGUCGUUCCGAUACCUCACGCCGCUAAGUACGUUGCGCUUAGCUACGUCUGGGGUGACACAACGGCACCAGAUGAUGAUGAGACCUUGUCCGAUGCCCCUCCCAUUAUCAAGGACGCAAUGAUAGCUACAUUACGAUUGCGUUUCCGCUACCUGUGGGUUGAUAGGUAUUGUAUCAACCAGCACGAUUCAGCGCAGAAGCACCAGCAAAUUGCCAAUAUGGGCAAUAUCUACGCUGGGGCCACCUUGACAUUCAUCGCUGCAGGAGACACAGAUCACGCAGCUGGGCUGCCGGGAGUCUCUUCUUGUCGGUGCGAUUCAGGUGUAGACUUACAGCUGGGGCCAUACUCUUUCUUGCGCUUCUUCGGCAAUCCAGAGGCCGAGAUCGGGGGCUCUAAGUGGGCUACCAGAGGUUGGACAUACCAAGAGGCUGUUAUGUCCCCUCGAAAACUGGUUUUCACGUCGAAUGGGUUCUAUACUCAGUGCAGUAUACAGCAUUCGUUCGGAAACAGUCAUCCCAUCAAUGGACACUCUGUUAUCUCGAGCAGAAAAAACAGAUUGGUUUGGAAGCGCUCUGGCAUGCCAGGACCAAACAUUGCAACGACAGUAGUCUUUCCGGGUACCUACACCGAUCAUCAACUCCUUUUUCAGAAACCUGUUCUUGACGAGUUCUUCAACCACAUCUCCGAGUACAUACGCAGACACCUCUCUUACGAGUCAGAUCGACUUAACGCCAUCCAAGGCGUGUUGAAUGAGUUCCGAUUCAAAGAACAGCCACUGUUCCAAAUCUUUGGUGUUCCACUUCAUCCGGCUCCCGGAUGGACGAUAAACCAAACACUUUUUUGGCGUAUGUAGAACAACAGUGUGCAGCGACGGACUGACUUUCCUUCAUGGUCAUGGCUCGGAUGGCAGUAUAUCCACGAGAUACCUCGCCAACCAUUUGUCCUGUGUGGUCUAGAAUAUCGGACCACUGACGAACGGUAUUUGCGUCCUUUCUAUAGCUCCACUCGUUUAUGGCUUGAUGAGCACUCGGCGAGAAUAAGUGUAGAGUUUUUGGGUGGUGGCUUACUAAACCUCACGGAGGCACAUCAGUCCAGCAUAGCACUUGACACGGCACUGCCUCAAGAAGCUAGGAUCA